GGAGCUCUCUCUUUAAUUCACUGACUAAGCUUAGCUACGGUUUUGAUCCACCCAUCUGCACUGUUCCAGCAGCAAACUGCUGGGAAACACCCAUGUUGCUGUGUCAGGCAAGAACAAUCUGAAUCUGAACAAACCGGCUUUGCACUCAGUCUGAGAAGUUGCUUUGACGGAGCAUUGAUAUCGGAGCGGCAGCUGUUGGCUUGCUAUACCCUUACACUUUCAGGAGAUGAACAGAAAGUGAAAUGGAUAUGAAGGUAUCGAUCCGCAAAAUGCUGCUAUAGAUUUAUACUGAGCACAUAGUCUCGUCAUAUUCUGCCCAGAACUACAUGUUAAUGUGCCAAACUCAGAUAUCAUUGCCAAAAAGCAGGAGUAGGAAUUCAUAGAAUCCUUACGGUGAGGAAGCAGGCCAUUCUGCCCAAUAAAUGCACAUUGACCCUCUGAAGAACAUCAUGCACAAACCCACUCCUCUACCCCAUACAAUAGACACAGUUGGCACCAUAGAUGAGCAUCAACAAGGGAGUGGGCUUGAAAAUAGUUAUCCUUGGUUCCCUUGGGGUUGGUAAGACCUCUCUUCUGAACCGGUAUGUCAAUAACAGAUUCACUCAGGAGUACCGUACCACCCUGGGAGCAAGCAUCCUUCCAAAAGAGAUCAGAGUGGAUAAUACAUUGGUGAAGCUACAGAUCUGGGACACUGGAGGUCAGGAGCGUUUUAAGUCACUGGUGCCUUCCUUCUCUAAGGGUUCAGAUGGCUGUGUCCUCGUUUUUGAUGUGACUGAUCGAGACUCUCUAUAUGCUCUGGAAGGCUGGAGGGAAGAGAUUUUGUUGCAAAUUCCUUUAGAAUAUAAAGAUUACCCUUUUGUUGCACUGGGCAAUAAAGUUGAUCUAACAGAGAGGCAGGUUACAAGUGAUGAGGCAGAAGCUUGGUGCUCAUCUCACAAUAUUCCUUACUUUGAAGUGAGUGCAAAAGAGGAUAUUAAUGUGGACCAUGCCUUUGAGAACAUUGCCAGAAAUGCUCUGUUGCAGGAUUCAAAAUGGAAAGAUUCAUAUUUGAUGAACUCCAUCUCCUUAGGAGACAACAGAACAUCGGUGAGAAAUAAUUGCUGCUGAGCACUGGGAGUGGAUCAGCAGUGAAAAGUGUGUGGUGACUAUGUUUUUGUAAUAACCCGUAGUCCUAGCUGUGCCUUUAACCCUGUACAAAGAUUUAUUUUUCGAAGAACCUGUGAAGUCUGCAGCUCAAUUUCGUAACUAAUACAAUAGCUCAAUGGCUUUUCCAUAAUUCAAUAGUUGUUGUGGACUUGGAUUUGUUUCAUUAUACCACUUGAGAUAACUUGACAGAGACAGAAACCAUUCAGACCCUUAAGGUUCAAGCUCUGAAAAUUGGAGCCAAGCCAGGGCACGUUGAAGUUGGACAGUACUUAAUUCUCAACAGACUCAGGCCAUUGACAGGAACUUGAAAUUCAAAUGGUGCCAAUGUGAAAGCUUCCUGUUUGGACAACAGGAAUGUAAAAUGCCCUUCAUGUUCCUGGUGAUGCAGUUUUCUGAACUUUACGCAAUUUUGCAUUGUGCUAACAUGGGUGAAUAGGUCAUUAUCGGAGAGAAAGCAGAUUGCAGAGUAAAGGAGUUGCCAUAAUCCGAAGAUAAAUAUAUAUAACAUUUUAAAAUAACAAUAAGGGUUGUUUGUAUUUGGAAUCUUCACCAUGGUCACAACAGAGUCUACAUUAAGGAACUAGAUUUUAUAUCUCAAAAGUAAUCUCACAGCUAUACCACAGAAUUUCUGCUCUGUUUGUACAACAGCUGCUUUGGGUUCCAGAAGAACAACUUUUGUUACACUUUUAUCCACAAGUCAAACUUACCAACCAUGAAAAAGCACAAUAAAUCAAUGCCCUUCAUGUUCCUGGUGAUGCAGUUUUCUGAACUUUACGCAAUUUUGCAUUGUGCUAACAUGGGUUACUCAAACAAGUACUAAUUUUAGGACUAAUGGAUGCCAUUCAUAAGUCAAUGCACAAUUAAAACAUUUGUUCUGCAGAAUAGUAGUGGCUGGACUUUGACUAGUUGGAUUUUCUUUUAAGAAAAAGUUGGUGAAGGGGAUUAUAGCCUCAGUUUGCCUUCAAUGUAAAAGCCUUACAAGAAACUCACAAAGACUGUAUGACACUGUCAAUUGUAGUUACCUGCACCACAUCAAUGGAUGCUGCUAAUACAAGGAGCCCCCAGCUUCUGUCACGACACUAUAGAUUUCAUGGUCAGCACCCGUGGACCAGUCGAACCAGGAAAGUUCCUUGUCACAAUGGAUGUUUCAGCAGUCUACCCCAGCAUCCCCCACAACAAUGAUAUCACCACAACAGUCUCGAUACUCAAUACCAACAACUGCCAAUUUCCGGACAUCAUCCUACAACUCAUCGACUUCAUCCUCAACUACAACGUCAUCACCCUUGACAACCAGUUCUUUAUCCAGACACAUGGAACAGCCGUGGGGACCAAAUUUACACUCUAAUAUGCCAAUAUUUUCAUGCACAGGUUUGCGAAAGACGUCGUUGCUGUGCAGGACCUCCAACCAAUGUGAUACACCAAAUACAUUGAUGAUAUUUUCUUCCUUUGGUCUCAUGGAGAGUAAUCACUGAAACAACUACAUAGUGAUAUCAACAAGUUUCAAUCAACCCACCAUCAGAUAUACCAUGGACUACUCUUCAGAAUCGGUCUCAUUCUCAGACACACACAUCUCCAUCAGAGAAUGACACCCCAAUGCCUCACUCUAUCGCAACCAUACAGAUAACUUCACAACGCUGUACUUCUCUAGUUUCCACCCUGAACAUAUUAAAAAAUCUAUCUCCUACAAACAAACCGUACACAUACACAGGACCUGCUCAGGUGAAGAAGAAUGCAGUGGACACCUGAUGUAUUGAAGGACACCCUCAUAAGAAUGGGAUACAAUGCUGAACUCGUCAAUCGCCAGUUCGACGUGCCACAAUGAAAAACAGCAGCAACCUCCUCAGAAAGCAGACAUAGGAUUCGACCGGUAGAGUACCCUUCAUCAUCCAGUACUUCCCUAGAGCAGAGAAACUACCUCAUUUUCUUUGCAGCCUUCAACAUGUCAUCAAUGAUGAUAAGCAUCUCACCAAGACCAUCCCUAUGCCUCCAGUUCUUGCCUUCAGACAACCACCAAACCUUAAACAGACUAUCAUUCGCAGCAAACUAUUCAGCCUUCAGGACGACAUCAACCACUACACUACAGGAUCCUGCCAUGGCAACCUCACCAAGAUGUGUCAGAUCAUCGGCGUGGACACUACCAUCACACGUGGGAGUACCACCCACUGUGUGCAAGGCAGAUAGUCAUGUGAUUUGGCUAAUGUUGUCUAUCUCAUACACUGCAGGCAAAGAUGUGCUGAGGCACGGUAUAUUGGUGAGACCACGCAGACACUACAACAAUGGAUGAAUGGACAUUGCGCAACAACUGUCAGACAGCGAUAUUCCCACCCAGGGAGUGAACACUUCAGUGGUCAAGGACAUUCAGCCUCCAAUCUUUCGGGAAGCAUCGUCCAAGGCAGGCUUCGAGAUUCAAAGCAAUGCAGAAUCGCCAAGUGGAGACUGAUAGCCAAUUUCUGUACCCAUAAAGAUGGCCUGAACCAUGAUCUUAGGUUCAUGUCCCACUAUGGGUGACUUCAUCACACUGUUCUGUAUCUGUAAAACCUCCUUUACUGUCCUGUUUUGACAACAUCGCCUUGAUAAAUUGCUAUGAUCGCUCUUCUCUCACACACACAAUCUCUCUCUCACACACACACACACAAACACACACACACACACACACACACUCACAAUCUCUCACGCACAUAGUCUCCCACAGACAUAUACUGUCUCACACUCACACUCUCUCUCUCAAGCAAACAUGCACACACACACAAACCUGUGGGAUGAAUCCUUUCAUCCAAAAUGUUGUUUAUUUGCAGAUGCAUUCUAUACUGUCCAAGAAACAUGCAAUUUGUAGUCACAGUCAGCCAGUGUGGCAUCUUAUAAAUUCCAGCUUUCAGAAUAAAACCAGCCUGAUUCUGGUUAAAACUCUGAGACAGAUUCUGGACAAGGCGUCGCACCUACAAUUCAACAUCUGACCUGAGAUGUCACCUUUUGUACAUUCCUAUUGCUCUGUCUGUUUGAAGUUUGGAAAGUUAGGCAGACACUGACGAAACCUUUAAUUAUCUCCAGGCAGUGACUUGCAACAGAUUCAGGAAUUUGCAUCUUAAUCAAUUAAAACUUGUGUCUCCUUUCUAACAGGGUUCUCCAAAUCCUGCUUCUGCAAUUUCUAGAAUGCAAGAUUGCAUGAAUGAUUAAAGAUUCACCAGGAGGCAGUCAGUCAGCCAUUUUAAGUUUGUUCACCCCACUCACAACAGUGCUAUGACCCUUUGAUCUCUCUGCCCUUCAUCUGUCUAUAAACCAUGGGCCUGUGCGCUCUCCUCUCACUGCACCUGAUGAAGGGGCUGUGCUCUGAAAGCUUGUGUUUUCAAAUAAACCUG